CACUAGCACAAGUGUUAAUAUCUAAACAUAAAACAAGGCGUUUCAAACCUUCCGGAUCCUCUUCUGUGUUCUGUCAUAUGUGACAUUGGAUCAUCUACGAGUACAAUCUCAUAAGUUAACGUGAUCGUACCCGCUGCUGUUUUGUAAAUGUGUAAGACAUCACGAGCAGAUUGAUGACACUUGGUAUAUCAUCUCACAGCAGGAGGCAAGACACAUAGGUAGUUAAAUAUUAAUACAACUUUCGUUUGUGUCAACAUCGGGGUCUACUUGUGUCUACAUCACUAGAAACUAUUAUUAUUGUAAUUUCUAUAUCUUCAGUAAAACUGGGAAACAUAAUUUACAAUGGAAACAAUAUUUAACACAUAGAGGAAGAAAUAUGAGUGAACAGUAACAGUGUGAUUUGAAUUAUCAUUACGUGUUUCCGUGGAUAACACCAGGAACAAAAUGUUGCAUCCUGUCGCUCAACUCCAGCAACUUGUGCCGGGAGGAGUCCCCCCUCUGUAUUCUCCGUCCCAUCUUCACCAUCCUGCUGCGGCCGCCGCCAUUGCAUCAUUGCACUCACAAAGUUCAAGUUCUCCUUCGGGGCAAACCUCGUUUUUGAUUGACGAUAUUCUUGGAAAUUCACAAAACUGUUCAUCUACUUCUGGAGCCGGACUUCAUAAACCAACACCUAUCAACCCUGCCCAUGUGUCUCCAGGGCCAGUGACUGCUACUAGCUUGUACAAACCCUUGCCAAUGUACGAUGCCAACACACUCUUGUCACAUUCAUAUUUGACAUCGCCAGCGACAUAUCAAAAUACUCUCCUGAACCACAUGUACUCCGUCCCCUACGCCAGACCUGAAUAUUAUCUAGACCGCCAUGCAUAUGCAAAAGCUGGACCCAAACACUUUAUGUGGAACUACCCUUUCAUACAAAGACCAAUGCAUAAGAGGAAAGGUGGACAAGUUAGAUUCUCUAAUGACCAAACCUUAGAACUUGAGAAAAAAUUUGAGGCCCAGAAGUAUUUAUCACCACCCGAACGUAAAAGGCUUGCAAAAGUUCUCCAGUUAACUGAAAGACAGGUGAAAACUUGGUUCCAGAAUCGAAGAGCAAAAUGGCGCCGUUUAAAACAGGAAUCUCCAUCAGCAGAUAAACAAGACGACGCGUCCGGCGAAAACAAAGAAGAACGCUCCUCGAAAAGUGAGAUGGACGAUAUGGACAGAUGUACCUCCGACGAGGAAGAUUUCGAUAAUGAUUUAGAUGAUUCCGACGAUGAAAUUGACGUUGGUAAAGAGUGCAUAAGUAAAUAGAUUCCGCUGAAUGUCAUUAGUUUUGGUUCUUCAGAGGUGAUAUGAAUACAACUAUGGCUCUGCAAUUGUGCGCGUCAUGAAAAACGUGCUUCUAAUAAAGACGCAGAAAAACAAAUUCACUAUUUGAGAAAAAUGGUGAUGGUGGUUGAUGCUUUUUGCCAAUAUGCUGAAUAUAGAUUGACAGACAAAAGUGGAUGGUGAGAUAUAUGGGCGAAAAUAACUCAAACAGAUUUGUAUUACUGACUGACUGGCAAGAAAUGUGAUAUAAAGUGCAGAGCGUCAAAGUGCUAUAAUUGUGCCGAUGGUUGGCGAAUGCAGAAAACUGAUUAUGUGUAUGCAUCAAAUCUGCAAUUAAAAUGAAUGAAGUAUUCUUGCUUGUAUCACUGACACUUUUGCAACUUGAAGCAAAAUAGGAGAUAUGCAAUAUGUAACAUUAAUGCCUUGUUUAUACAAGACAUUAUAUUCAAUCUACUUCGACGUUACUAACGAUUAUGAACAAUGGCAAUAGUAUAACAUGUCUUAAUAGGUCACAGAGGUGCAAUCAUCGUAGCAUCCAGUACCUCAUUUUAAAACGUAUGAAAUGUCAUAAUUAUUUACAUGUAUAAUACAAUAUAUUUAUAACAUUGCUUUAUUUAAGCAUAUUUGAUAAAACAGAAUACUUGCAGCAGCUGAAAGUAGGUGGAAGAGUGUAUGAAUGGAAAAUUGAAAUGAGAAAUAAAAAUGUUUACAUGAA